CACGCACCUCCGACUCCCUCUCCUUUUGAAGCAUGGCGGGCCUGCAGCUCGUCACCCCCGCCUCUUCAGCCAUGGGGCCUUUCUUUGGGCUGCCAUGGCAACAGGAGGCCAUCCACGACAACAUCUACACGCCCAGGAAAUAUCAGGUAGAACUUCUCGAAGCAGCUCUGGAACACAAUACCAUAGUCUGCUUGAACACUGGCUCAGGGAAGACCUUCAUCGCAGUGCUCCUGACAAAAGAGCUCUCGCACCAAAUCCGCGGCGACUUCAGAGACGAUGCAAAGAGGACGGUUUUCCUGGUGAACACAGCCUCGUCGGUGGUGCACCAGGCCUCCGCCGUCAGGACGCACUCUGACCUCCAGGUGGGGGAGUACACCAGCCAGGAGGACGCCGUCGCCCGCACCCCCCAACAGUGGACCCAGGAGAUGACGGAGAAGCAGGUGCUGGUCAUGACGUGCCACAUAUUCCUGCACGUUCUGAAGAAUGGAAUCUUGCCGCUGUCUAAAAUCAACCUGGUGGUGUUUGAUGAGUGCCACCUGGCCAUCACCGACCACCCCUACCGGGAGAUAAUGACGCUGUUUGACGGCUGUUCUGGAGGCCCGCGGGUCCUGGGCCUCACCGCCUCCAUCCUGAACGGGAAGUGUGACCCCUCAGAGCUGGAGCGCAAGAUCCUGAACCUGGAGGACAUUCUGAGGAGCAACGCCGAGACGGCCACCGACCUCGUAGUGCUGGACAGAUAUGCCUCUCAGCCCAGAGAGGUGAUCCUGGACUGCAGCCCUUACCUCGACAAGAGCGGCCUCUCGGCACGUCUGCAGUCUGAGCUGGAGGAAGCUCUCCACUUCCUCAACGACUGCAACAUACCCUCAGCCCGGGAAGACCGGGACCCCACUUUCAUUUCCAAACAGAUCCUGGGCGACUGUCUGGCGGUGCUGGUGGUGCUCGGGCCGUGGUGCGCCGACAAGGUGGCGGGCAUCAUGGUGCGCGAGCUCCAGAAGUACGUCAAGCACGAGCAGGAGGAGCUGCACCGCAAGCUGCUGUUGUUCACGGACACGGCGCUGCGCAAGGUGCACGCGCUGUGCGAGGAGCACUUCUCGCCGGCGUCGCUGGACCUCAAGUUCGUCACGCCCAAAGUGCUGCGGCUGCUCGAGAUCCUGCACGAGUACAAGCCCUUCGAGCGGCAGCAGUUUGAGAGCGUGGAGUGGUACAACAACCGCAACGAGGACAACUACGUGUCCUGGAGUGACUCAGAGGAGGAGGACGACGAGGAGGAGGACGAGGAGCAGGCGGAGGCCAAGGAGCGGCCCGAGGCCAGCUUCCCCUCGCCCUUCACCAACAUCCUGUGCGGGAUCAUCUUCGUGGAGCGCCGCUACACCGCCGUGGUGCUCAAUCGUCUCAUCAAAGAGGCAGGGAAGCAGGACCCAGAGCUGGCCUACAUCAGCAGCAACUUCAUCACAGGCCACAGUAUCGGCAAGAACCAGCCCCGCAACAAGCAGAUGGAGGUGGAGUUCAGGAAACAGGAGGAGGUUCUUCGUAAGUUCCGGGCCCACGAGACCAACCUGCUCAUCGCCACCAGCAUCGUGGAGGAGGGCGUGGACAUCCCCAAGUGCAACCUGGUGGUGCGCUUCGACCUGCCCAUGGAGUACAGGUCCUACGUCCAGUCCAAGGGCCGGGCCCGCGCACCCGUCUCCAACUACAUCAUGCUGGCCGACAGCGAGCGUACCAAGACCUUCCAGGAGGACCUCAAGACCUACAAGGCCAUCGAGAAGAUCCUGAGGAACAAGUGCUCCAAGUCGGCAGAGCUGAUGGAGUUUGAGGCUGAGCAUGUGCAGGACGACGACGACAUCCUCCCGCCGUACGUGCUCCGCUCCGAGGACGGCGGGCCCAGGGUCACCAUCAACACGGCCAUCGGCCACAUCAACAGGUAUUGCGCUCGGCUUCCCAGCGACCCCUUCACCCAUUUAGCCCCCAAAUGUAAGAACUAUGAGAUGAAAGAUGGCCGCCACCAGUCCACACUCUUCCUGCCCAUCAACUCCCCACUGCGGGCUCCUGUCAAGGGUCCCAUAAUGAGCUGCGCCAGACUCGCCGAGAAAGGGGUGGCCCUGCUGUGCUGUGAGAAGCUUCACAAGAUCGGGGAGCUGGACGACCACCUGAUGCCGGUGGGGAAGGAGACGGUGAAGUACGAGGAGGAGCUGGACCUCCACGACGAGGAGGAGACCAGUGUCCCGGGCCGGCCCGGCUCCACCAAGCGCAGACAGUGCUACCCCAAAGCUAUCCCAGAGUGUCUGCGGGACAGCUACGCCCUGAUGGAGGAGCAGUCCUACUACCUGUACGUCGUCGGCAUGGUGCUCACCACGCCCCUCCCCGACGAGCUCAACUUCCGGCGCAGGAAGCUGUACCCCCCCGAGGACACCACGCGCUGCUUCGGCAUCCUCACCGCCAAGCCCAUCCCGCGGAUCCCCCACUUCCCGGUGUACACACGCUCGGGGGAGGUCACCAUCUCCAUCGAGCUGCAGAAGUCGGGCUUCACGCUCACGCCGCCGCAGCUGGAGCUGAUCACGCGCCUCCACCAGUACGUCUUCUCCCACAUCCUGCGCCUGGAGAAGCCCGCCCUGGAGUUCAAGCCCACGCUGGCCGACUCGGCGUACUGCGUGCUGCCGCUCAAUGUCGUCGGGGACUCGGACACGCUGGAUCUGGACUUUGAGUUCAUGGAGGACAUCGAGAAGUCGGAGGCCCGCGUGGGCAUCCCCACCACCCAGUACACCAAGCAGAACCCCUUCACCUUCAAGCUGGAGGACUACCAGGACGCCGUCAUCAUCCCCCGCUACCGUAACUUCGACCAGCCGCACCGCUUCUACGUGGCGGACGUGUACACGGACCUGACGCCCCUCAGCAAGUUCCCGUCGCCCGAGUACGAGACGUUCGCCGAGUACUACAAGACCAAGUACAACCUGGACCUGUCCAACCUCAACCAGCCGCUGCUGGACGUGGACCACACCUCCUCCAGGCUGAACCUGCUGACCCCGCGGCACCUGAACCAGAAGGGCAAAGCCCUGCCCCUCAGCAGUGCAGAGAAGAGGAAGGCCAAGUGGGAGAGCCUGCAGAACAAGCAGAUCCUGGUCCCAGAGCUGUGUGCCAUCCACCCCAUCCCGGCGUCCCUGUGGAGGAAGGCGGUGUGUCUGCCCAGCAUCCUGUACCGCCUCCACUGCCUGCUGACGGCCGAGGAGCUGAGGGCCCAGACGGCCAGUGACGCCGGCGUGGGGACCCAGAACCUCCCUCCUGACUUCAGGUACCCCAACCUGGACUUUGGCUGGAAGAGGUCCAUCGACAGCAAGGCCUUCAUCCCCUGCCCCGAGGCGUGCAGCGAGAGCCCCUGUCCUCACCAGCUGGUCGAGGAGGAGGAGGAGGGGGAGGACGGCCCGCCUCCCUCGACUUCUCCCCCCUCCCCUGGGGCCCACAAAGCCCCGCAGCCCGGGGACAAGGCCCCCAGCGGGGCCCUCCCCAACGGCACCGGCCCAACCGGCGACCACGGCCCCCUCCAGGGCCCCCCGGAACAGCCCCUUCAGCAGCACGGCCCCCUCCAGGGCCCCCCGGAACAGCCCCUUCAGCAGCACGGCCCCCUCCAAGGCUCCCCGGAACAGCACCUUCAGCAGCACGGCCCCCUCCAGGGCCCCCCGGAACAGCCCCUUCAGCAGCACGGCCCCCUCCAAGGCUCCCCGGAACAGCACCUUCAGCAGCACGGCCCCCUCCAGGGCCCCCCGGAACAGCACCUUCAGCAGCACGGCCUGCGCCCCCGGCCCGGCUCGCCGCCGCCGCCGGCCCCCCCUACCUCAGCCCCCCAGCAGCUCAGCCUGGGACCCCCGGCCCCCCCGGCCAGCGACGACCCCCCGGCCCGCGGGGACGCAGCUACCUCCCUGGAAGUGGAGGUGGAGGAGCGCGCCGGGGCCCCGGAUGCCCCCCAGGGCCUGGGGCCCAACCCGGGGCUGAUCCUGCAGGCGCUCACCCUGUCCAACGCCAGCGACGGCUUCAACCUGGAGCGGCUGGAGAUGCUGGGCGACUCGUUCCUGAAGCACGCCAUCACCACCUACCUGUUCUGCACCUACCCUGACGCCCACGAGGGACGCCUCUCCUACAUGCGCAGCAAGAAGGUGAGCAACUGUAACCUCUACCGGCUGGGGAAGAAGAAGGGACUCCCCAGUAGGAUGGUGGUGUCCAUCUUCGACCCGCCGGUCAACUGGCUGCCCCCCGGCUACGUGGUGAACCAGGACCGGAGCCGCCCAGACAGCAGGGCCUCGGACGAGGCCAAAGAUGAGCUGCAGGCCAACGGCCUCUCGGGAGAGGAGUACGACGAUGAGGACGACGACAUGGCGGAGGAGGAAGAGGAGGAGCUGGAGGCGGACGAGGAGCCGGCGCCGAAGGACGAGCCCAAGGACGAGGUGAACAUGGAGGAGGACCUGGAGUACUACCAGGAGCACAUCAAGUUCAUCGACAGCAUGCUGAUCGGCUCGGGUGCCUUCGGCAAGAAGAUCACCAUCGGCCUGCCGCCCUCGCCCACCCCCGCCCCCUCCCCGGCCGCCUCUUCCCCGGCCCCGGAGGAGUGGAAGCCCCCGCGCAAGUCGUCGUCGUCGCCGCACCCCGCCGCCGCCGCCGCCCACUUACCCUCGGCGGAUGGGCCGCACGCUGGCGGCGGCGGCAGCGGCGGUGGCGAGGAGUUUGACUACAGCUCGUGGGACGCCAUGUGCUACCUGGACCCCAGCAAGGCGGGCGAGGAGGACGAGUUCGUGGUGGGCUUCUGGAACCCGUCGGAGGAGAGCUGCGGCGCCGAGCUGGGCAAGCAGUCCAUCUCCUACGACCUGCACACGGAGCAGUGCAUCGCCGACAAGAGCAUCGCCGACUGCGUGGAGGCGCUGCUGGGCUGCUACCUGACCAGCUGUGGGGAGCGGGCCGCCCAGAUGUUCCUCUGCUCGCUGGGCCUCAAGGUGUUACCGGUGGGCCGGCGGACAGAGGCCGUGGCGGUGGCUCCUGACCUGGGCUACGGCUGGCUGAAGAUCCCCCCGCGCUCCAUGCUGGACCACCCCGACGCCGAGCGCACCCUCAACCACCUCAUCUCCGGCUUCGAGAACUUUGAGGCCAAGAUCAACUACACCUUCCAGAACAAGGCCUACCUGCUGCAGGCCUUCACCCACGCCUCCUACCACUACAACACCGUCACUGAUUGCUACCAGCGGCUGGAGUUCCUGGGCGACGCCAUCCUCGACUACCUCAUCACCAAGCACCUCUACGAGGACCCGCGGCAGCACUCGCCCGGCGUGCUGACAGACCUGCGCUCGGCGCUGGUCAACAACACCAUCUUCGCCUCACUGGCCGUCAAGUACGACUACCACAAGUACUUCAAGGCCAUCUCGCCCGAGCUCUUCCACGUCAUCGACGACUUUGUGCAGUUCCAGCUGGAGAAGAACGAGAUGCAGGGCAUGGACUCCGAGCUGCGGCGCUCAGAGGAGGCAGAAGAGAAGGAGGAGGACCUGGAGGUCCCCAAGGCCAUGGGGGACAUCUUCGAGUCGCUCGCAGGGGCAAUCUACAUGGACAGCAGGAUGUCGUUGGAGACGGUGUGGCAAGUGUAUUAUCCAAUGAUGAGGCCACUUAUAGAAAAAUUCUCUGCCAACGUGCCGCGCUCCCCGGUGAGGGAGCUGCUGGAGAUGGAGCCGGAAACCGCCAAGUUCAGCCCUGCGGAGCGGACGUACGACGGCAAGGUGCGCGUGACGGUGGAGGUGGUGGGCAAGGGCAAGUUCAAGGGCGUGGGCCGCAGCUACCGCAUCGCCAAGUCGGCGGCCGCGCGCCGGGCCCUCCGCAGCCUCAAAGCCAAUCAACCUCAGGCGCAAGCCAGCUGAACGCCUGCUCCCCGCCGCCAGGGAGCUAGCGCCCUAAGCUAACGAGAGGCAGAGACACGAGCCCCGCGCUGACCUCUGCCCUGUGACCUUUGCCUCCCCCUCGACGGCACGGCCAAAGCGGCCCGGGGAACACUGGGGGGGCCGCAACGCAAGAAUCUAAUUGGUCUCGCAACGGAUUUCACCUUGGCUGUUCGGUUUAAUUUUUUUGUUUUCAUAUUUUGCGCAAACACAAUCUUUCCUUUCCUUUCCUUCUCUGCUUUGUGUAACCACAGGAGUGCUUUAUCGAUGUUAAGCAAGGCGUUGCAAGGAGAACGAGAGGGGUCGAGGCGCCCGGUCUGCUCAUUAUUCAGUUUGUUUUAACGUGAAGCGAGGCGUGUUAGGCUUGUUGUGUGGUGUUGGUGUGUGCAUAGUUUAGAUCAGAGGUGGGAAUCAAAAGUCCUGCAGGUGGGUAGGGCAGGAGUAACGCUGUACUCCUCGGUCUGUGCCCUCGUGGCAGUUUAUUAAGCGGUUUGGAAAACAAAAGGUUGCCCUCGGCCAUCAGAGGCCUCGGACAGAGUCUGUCCACGCCUCUGUUGCGCUACUGCCUCAAAAUUGUAUUUUAAAUCAGUUUUGCACUUAUUUCAUUAGGGUCUGUUAUUUUGAGACCUGAGAAAAGGAAUUUGCGUAGCAAAGUCUAUAUAAAAAUAAAUAAGUAAAUGAAAACUACAUUUUUAUAAUAUAGUUUGCCAUCGUUUUUAAGGCCUACCAUAUCCUGCAAAAAUGAUAGGAAUUUCAAACAUUCCCAGUUACUGUAAUUUAAAAUAGAUUUUAACCUUGGGUUUGCAUGUCGUUGAAACGUGUAUGUGUUGACCCUAACAACUGGACUGCUUAUAUGUAAUAAACGUUUAAUUAAUGGUGAUUGUGCCAGAGGGGGCCAUGAAGAAACACAAUGUUGGCAGCCUGACUUUGCCCAAACCCUUUUUGAUACGCAGUGAUUUAAAAUUACAUUGUUCAUCUUUAGCUCGACCAAUGACUUUAAUAAUGACGUCGAACCAAGAAAUUGCUUUCCACAAAAAUAAUAUUCAACAGGCAUACUAAGAGAAAGACUUAUCAGCCGUACAAUAUGCUGCAGACGUUUCCUCAAAGAUCGGAUGCUUGUGUAAGGAACAGGCAGACACUUUUCGAAGGAAUGUUUCUCCGGAAAUGGGCCGUUUCAAUAUCAACACAUUCAGUGGUCCGUGCAUCCCUCAUUUACCAAAGCUUUUUGCAGAUGUGACUGUUAGAUUGAAGUCACUCCCAAGGAUUAGGCAGGCCAGCAGCUUAUCCUCGCUUUUUUCACUUCAGGUUUUGUUUGCUUUUGCCUCAAUGUGUUAUUUUUUUUGUUGUUUUUUACGAUCAGCCCCUUCUCAUUCAAAUACCUCAAUUAAUUGCAUGCAUUUUCUAUUUUUUCCUUGUUUGGUGCUAUCGUUUUUGUAUUGAGCUUGAACUCUCACUUUUUUUGCACUGUAACUAAAUACCUCUUUGUUUGACCUAUUUUUAUUUGGUUAUGUUUCAUUUUUCGAAUCUGUUGGGUGUGGUUGUCCUGUCCUAUAAGGCGCUCUAGGGGAGAGGUGUAUUGUCGAACUCCCCUACCUGAUGCAAAGCUGAAACGAGACGUUUUGAGCGUGGAGGGAGUGUGUUUUCUGCACAAAAGCCCAACAAUUGUAUCCCCUCAUUUCCUAAUCAUGGAUUUAAUUAGUCGCCAAACGCUUAAAUCACAUGGACAUCACCAAACAUAUGUUAUGCAAUGGCUAUGUUCUGCUCUGAUUACAGCCUGUGGCAGGUGACAUCACCAAGCAUCAUUUCAGCCAAUUAGAAAAGGCUCUUGCAAUGUCUGCUGCACCAUGGAUCGUGAUGUCCCUCGGGCGUGACUUUAGUGUUUAUCUACACAUUAUUAUUUUAUUUUGGGCGGGAGGGAUCGCUUUUCAUGAAUACAUUUAUUUUGUGGGUAGGCUCUCUUAAAUGCUCAUGGAGGUAAUCUGAUUGCACUCUGUAGCACGAAUUGCAAUUAUUUCAGGAAAUGUCGUACACUCUCAACUGACAAGAAAAAGUAAGUGUUAACUAAACCUCUGUGAAUGGCACUCUUGCAAAGUACUGUUGUUAGCAUGGCUACCUAAACUCUAUUUGAACAUAUAACAUAACACCUUAUGUGCUUCUACCUCAAUAUACAGAUAAGAAAUAUUUUUUAAAAGUAUGAUAUGUAUUCCUGAUUAGUACUGCCCUUUUAACAAAUGCUUAUGGCAGGGACACAUACUGUAGUCUUUACUGUGAUACCUGUACCUUGAAAAGCGUACACGUGUGUGUUUGUAGACAACAAAUUGCACUCUUGAGUCGACAUUCCCACAGAACAAAAAAGGUAGACAACAUUGAGAAACCACCAACUCCCCAGAACACAUUAUCCAGUGCCUUCUGACCGUAACGAGACCGUGUCUAUUGAACAGUGCUGGCCGCGCCAACAGCUUAGUUCUACGGGAUGUAGGGAUGCAAAGACUCGCCUUGGAGUGCCAUACAUGUCUUUGUUCUGGGUUUAGCUUCUAUAGGCAUUGUAAAUAGCCAUGUAAAUAGUGAGCUGGGAGUUAUGCUUCAAAAUAGUAACCUUCAAUUAUAUGAGAAUGUGAACUAAAGUAGAGAAGAAAAAAGUACGGAUGUGACCUACAUUUUUUUCUUCAUUCAACUCUUUAAUUGUAGUAUUACCAGUAAACAGAGUGCGAUCGGUCAUUAUUUCUGAAGCGAGAGUCCAAACCACUUGUCGUCGUCCCCCACCCCCGAGAGAGUAGGCCUAAUUGAAUCAUUGUGAUCCUUUUAACAUCAGAGCAAGCUACAUCCAACAGCCUACAUGUUACCCACAGUGGUCCUGUUUUCGUCACUAAAUCACAAAGGCACACGGAACAUUUGUUGAUCCUGGAAAAGAAAAACAAUACAAGGAAAAACUAAGUGGAGUGCCACACUGGUUUCUUUCUUAUUUUGUGUGUGACGUGUUACAAAACGAAAUUAUAAUUGGUGGCAUGAAUAUUGUACAACCUCAUUGUUAUGUAGGUGGUUUAGUUAAGUGGCAAGUGGAUGUCAUGCAGGCGGUCAAUUAUUUUAUUUGUUUGGUUUUGUUAAGGGAGUGAUGAAGUGGAGAUGUUUUUGUUUUGUUUGUGCGUCACCAGCAGGAUUAUACUCUUAUUGGUAAUGUGGCGGGAUAUCUGUUUUGUUGUUUUUUGAUAUUUGUCUGUUUCUUCAUGUAGCACAAUGGAGCAUUGCACUUGGGCGCCAAACUUUACCUCAUGUUGGAGUGAAACGGAGAACAGAGGGAAGAGAGACUGAAGGUGUUUGUGUGUGUGUAUUUAUUUGAUGUGCGCACACAGCUUUUGGUUAGGAGGACUUGCUUGUUUCACUUUGCUGCUGUUUCAGUUGCUGGUGAAAUACAACUCUGUUCAAAGGAGAACAAAGACUGCCACAAGAGAAGAAUUAAACGGGCAUGUGAUUAAUACACUGAAGACUCUCUCUCUCUCACACACACACACACACACACACACACACACACACACACACACACACACACACACACACACACACACACACA